ACAUUUAACAUCCAUACUUCAUUCCUCUAGCCUAUCUUUGCAUCAUUUGUCACUCUUUCUUCAUAAUCUAGUCAACAAUGGCGGGUGGAAAGUCCAAGAGCAAAGCUUCCAAGAAGGUCACCGGCGAGGCCACAAUCUCUGCGCCUCAACCCUUCCCAUACCUGGACGGAUCCUUCCUCGAAUUUGGGUUGGAGAAAGAGCUUACUCGCUUCAUCACCCACUUCACCAAACGCCGCAUCUCACCGCCAAGGGUGCUGCCCGAGUUGUUGCCUCAACAGAAGGGAUACCACGACCUCGACGAUCAACUCAAGGAGUCAGGUUUGUGGCCCUUCGUCUCCAAGAGCCGCACCUCCUUCAAUCCCGCCUAUGUCCGGGCCUUCUACUCCAAUCUCCACCGAGACGGGGACACUAUCCGGAGCAGCAUCAAUCUCUAUGACUUAGAGUUUGAUUUGGCUACCUUUGCUCGGGUUGCAAGCUUGCCCACUUGCGGUGACGACAUCGCAACAUAUGGUGGCGAUUAUUGGAUUCUCAACAACGAGGCGGUGGUCAUCCAAGAGCUUGGAAUCACCAACCUCAUCCGUCACAGCGGCGCACCAACCAUCCACUCAGCCCCGCCGGAAAAGCGUCUCCUACUCUACAUCCUCACCCGGAUUCUUUGCCCCCGGGAUAGUAGCCACACCUCUCUCUCCAACGAGGAUCUCAAGGCGGUUCAUGCUAUCAUCCAUGGUGCCUCGAUCAACUCGGCAAAAUACGUCAUGAUUCACAUGGCGGAUUGCGCCUCCAUCACCACCGAGCGGAGCUUGCCAUACGCCUUCCUCGUCAUGGAUCUCAUUGUUGCCUCCGACAUUCACAUCGCCGGACCGGAUACGAAGAUGACGAAGAUUUGGAUCAUCCAAGAUAGCACCUUCCGGAAGAAGUCCGGAGACCAAGACGGCGCCGGACCGAGUCGUGCCCGUGCCCCAGCCCGUGCCCCUGCACCCGCUCCCGCCCGGGCCUUGUUGCAGUCCAUAGCCGAUACCCUGAAUCGGCUAACCCUCACGGUGGACGACAUGGGGCAGUACAUGGAGCGAAUGGAUUAGACGCUGCAACGUCAACACCAUGACAUGACGGCGUACUUCCGCGGCAUCAACUACGUCCCGCCGCCCUUUGACAGCACCUUCCUCGGUCAAAACUAUGAAGGCGAGGACGAGGAGGAUGACUCAUAUGCUCCGUCCUCUUCCCCCGACGAGGCCGACUUUGAGGACGCGGUCGACGGGGAUCCCAUG